AUUUUUAGCUCUGGGUCGGGUCACGUGACGGGAGUGACGUCUCCGAAUGUUGUUGUUGGUGGCGGCGGCGAGCGGAGCCGGAGGAGCCGCCGCAAAGAUGGAGGAGCCGUCGAGGAGGCGCUGCCGCUGCUGCCGCCGCCGCUGCUGCCGCCGCCGCCCGCGAAGCCGGAGCUCGAGCCGCAGGGGGGAUGCCGUUCUGAGUGCCUGACUGCCUCACCCCGAAGGAUGGCCUCUGAUGGGCAUUAGAGGCACAGCAGCCCCGGGCUCCUGUCCCGUCCGUCUGUCUGUUAUCGUCUGUCUCUCUUGACAUCACCGCAGCUCCACCCCCUCCCAUCCCAGCCCCCAACGCCAGCUUCCUGUGGGCCCAGAGCCGGCAUGAACUCUCCCACCGAGUCGGGAGGCAGUGGGCUGUGGUGGUUAGCACUCAGACUGGAGCCUCAGACAUCCCGGCCUUACCAUUUAAGCAGCCGUAUGACCUAGAGUGAGUGACUGCAUCUCUCUGCCUCAGUUUCCCCACCUGCACCUAUCUCCUGAGGUCAUCGUGCAGAGUAAACGAGAUGGGAUGUCAGGCCGGGAACCAUCCUUGGAAAUCCUGCCUCGGACCCCUCUACACGGCAUCCCUGUGGCAGUGGAGGUGAAGCCGGUGCUGCCCGGAGCCAUGCCCAGCGCCGCGGGGGGCGGGGGGGGAGGCAGCCCCAGCCCCGCGGAGCUGCGGGGGGCUCUGGCAGGCCCCGUGGACCCCGCGCUGAGGGAGCAGCAGCUGCAGCAGGAGCUCCUGGCCCUGAAGCAGCAGCAGCAGCUGCAGAAGCAGCUCCUGUUCGCCGAGUUCCAGAAACAGCACGACCACCUGACACGGCAGCAUGAGGUCCAGCUGCAGAAGCACCUCAAGCAGCAGCAGGAGAUGCUGGCGGCCAAGAGGCAGCAGGAGCUGGAGCGGCAGCGGGAGCAGCAGCGGCAGGAAGAGCUGGAGAAGCAGCGGCUGGAGCAGCAGCUGCUCGUCCUGCGAAACAAGGAGAAGAGCAAAGAGAGUGCCAUCGCCAGCACUGAGGUGAAGCUGAGGCUCCAGGAAUUCCUUCUGUCGAAGUCGAAGGAGCCCACGCCAGGCGGCCUCAACCAUUCCCUCCCACAGCAUCCCAAAUGCUGGGGAGCCCACCAUGCUUCUUUGGACCAGAGUUCCCCUCCCCAGAGUGGCCCCCCUGGGACGCCUCCCUCCUACAAACUGCCUUUGCUUGGGCCCUAUGACAGCCGCGAUGACUUCCCCCUCCGCAAAACAGCCUCCGAACCCAACUUGAAAGUGCGUUCGAGGCUAAAGCAGAAGGUGGCUGAGCGGAGAAGUAGUCCCCUCCUGCGUCGCAAGGAUGGGACAGUCAUUAGCACCUUUAAGAAGAGAGCUGUUGAGAUCACCGGUGCUGGGCCUGGGGUGUCGUCCGUGUGUAACAGCGCGCCAGGCUCCGGCCCCAGCUCUCCCAACAGCUCCCACAGCACCAUUGCUGAGAAUGGCUUUACUGGCUCAGUCCCCAACAUCCCCACCGAGAUGCUCCCCCAGCACCGGGCCCUCCCUCUGGACAGCUCCCCCAACCAGUUCAGCCUCUACACGUCUCCCUCUCUGCCCAACAUCUCCCUAGGGCUGCAGGCCACAGUCACUGUCACCAACUCACACCUCACCGCCUCCCCGAAGCUGUCAACGCAGCAGGAGGCCGAGAGGCAGGCCCUCCAGUCCCUGCGGCAGGGUGGUGCACUGACGGGCAAGUUCAUGAGCACAUCCUCCAUCCCUGGCUGCUUGCUGGGCGUGGCGCUGGAGGGCGACACCGGCCCCCACGGGCAUGCCUCCCUGCUGCAGCACGUGCUGCUGCUGGAGCAGGCUCGGCAGCAGAGCACCCUCAUUGCUGUGCCACUCCACGGGCAGUCCCCGCUGGUGACAGGUGAACGUGUGGCCACCAGCAUGCGGACAGUGGGCAAGCUCCCGCGGCACCGGCCGUUGAGCCGCACUCAGUCGUCCCCGCUGCCCCAGAGCCCCCAGGCCCUGCAGCAGCUUGUCAUGCAGCAGCAGCACCAGCAGUUCCUGGAGAAACAGAAGCAACAGCAGCUGCAGCUGGGCAAGAUCCUCACUAAGACUGGGGAGCUGUCACGGCAGCCCACCACCCACCCUGAGGAGACGGAGGAGGAGCUGACGGAGCAGCAGGAGGCCUUGCUUGGGGAGGGCGCCCUGACCAUCCCUCGAGAAGGCUCCACGGAGAGUGAGAGCACGCAGGAAGACCUGGAGGAGGAGGAGGAGGAGGAGGAAGAGGAGGAGGAGGAGGAGGAGGAGGAGGACUGCAUCCAGGUCAAGGAUGAGGAGGGCGAGAGUGGCCCUGAGGAGGGGCCCGACUUGGAUGAGUCCGGUGCUGGUUACAAAAAGGUGUUCUCCGAUGCCCAGCAGCUGCAGCCACUUCAGGUGUACCAGGCACCCCUCAGCCUGGCCACUGUGCCCCACCAGGCCCUGGGCCGCACCCAAUCCUCACCCGCUGCCCCUGGGGGCAUGAAAAGCCCCCCAGACCAGCCCGCCAAGCACCUCUUCACCACAGGUGUGGUCUACGACACGUUCAUGCUGAAGCACCAGUGCAUGUGUGGGAACACACACGUGCACCCUGAGCACGCUGGCCGGAUCCAGAGCAUCUGGUCCCGGCUGCAGGAGACGGGCCUGCUUAGCAAGUGUGAGCGGAUCCGGGGUCGCAAAGCCACACUGGAUGAGAUCCAGACGGUGCACUCCGAAUACCACACCCUGCUCUAUGGGACCAGCCCCCUCAACCGACAGAAGCUGGACAGCAAGAAGCUGCUCGGCCCCAUCAGCCAGAAGAUGUACGCCAUGCUGCCUUGUGGGGGCAUUGGGGUGGACAGUGACACUGUGUGGAAUGAGAUGCACUCCUCCAGUGCUGUGCGCAUGGCAGUGGGCUGCCUGGUGGAGCUGGCUUUCAAGGUGGCCUCAGGAGAGCUCAAGAACGGAUUUGCCAUUAUCCGGCCCCCAGGACACCAUGCGGAGGAGUCGACAGCCAUGGGAUUCUGCUUCUUCAACUCUGUAGCCAUCACAACCAAACUCCUGCAGCAGAAGCUGAACGUGGGCAAGGUUCUCAUCGUGGACUGGGACAUUCACCACGGCAAUGGCACCCAGCAGGCGUUUUACAAUGACCCCUCUGUGCUCUACAUCUCCCUGCAUCGCUAUGACAACGGGAACUUCUUUCCAGGCUCUGGGGCUCCUGAGGAGGUUGGCGGAGGGCCGGGCGUGGGGUACAAUGUGAACGUGGCAUGGACGGGAGGUGUGGACCCCCCCAUCGGAGACGUGGAGUACCUAACGGCCUUCAGGACAGUGGUGAUGCCCAUUGCCCACGAGUUCUCACCUGACGUGGUCCUGGUCUCUGCCGGGUUUGACGCUGUUGAGGGACACCUGUCUCCAUUGGGUGGCUACUCUGUCACCGCCAGAUGCUUUGGCCACUUGACCAGGCAGCUGAUGACGCUGGCAGGGGGCCGGGUGGUGCUGGCCCUGGAGGGAGGCCAUGACUUGACCGCCAUCUGUGAUGCCUCUGAGGCCUGUGUCUCAGCUCUGCUCAGCGUGGAGCUGCAGCCCUUGGACGAGGCAGUCUUGCAACAAAAGCCCAACAUCAACGCAGUGGCCACGCUAGAGAAAGUCAUCGAGAUCCAGAGCAAACACUGGAGCUGCGUCCAGAGGUUCGCCACUGGUCUAGGCCGUUCCCUGCGGGAGGCCCAGGCAGGUGAGACGGAGGAGGCAGAGACUGUGAGCGCCAUGGCCUUGCUGUCGGUGGGGGCUGAGCAGGCCCAGGCUGCUGCAGCCCGGGAGCACAGCCCCAGGCCGGCAGAGGAACCCAUGGAACAGGAGCCUGCCCUGUGACGCCCUGGCCCCCAUCCCUCUGGGCUUCAUCAUUGUGAUUUUGUUUAUUUUUUCUAUUAAAAACAAAAAGUCACACAUUCAA